CACAUGUGAAUUUACCACAUGGGGAGAAUGGUCGAUAUGCAGUACAAACUGUGGAUUUGGACAGAAAGGACGAUCCAGGCUCGCUCUUACACCUACUCAAUGCAACAGCAGCUGCAGAGACCAGAACCUUGUUGAAUUUGAUACCUGUUAUAGCAACUCAUCCUUAACAAAUUGCCAGGUUGGUUUAUGGUCUGAAUGGUCCAACUGUGUCAACAAUUGUAACGGCGGAAUACAAACAAGACUAAGAAAUAUCAUCAAGCAAGCCAAAUGUGGAGGAAGCAAGGAAAACUGCAGCAACACCAUUGAAACAAGGGUGUGUCCAGAGCAACGAGUUUGCGAGCAGAUAUGUAUGAUAGGGGAGUGUUUCUGUAGAGAUUCAUUCAUCAAAAGUGACAAUGGUUCUUGUAUACCAAUUAAUUGCCCCUAUCCACCCGCAUCUAUUUGUCCUCCACAUUUACAAGAUUGCUCAUCAGCCUCCUUUAACUGCCCAAACAAGACAGUGAAUGGUGAAUAUUUGUUAGAGUCACGGUGUGAAGCUUUUUGCGAUGGAGAUUGGCUCAUCCAAGGUCACGUGACAUCUAUCACGUGCACUGGAUAUGGAGAUUGGACAAUAAAUGAUGCUUACUGCAUACCGAAGGAAAAGCCACCAACUAAGAUUGAAAUAUAUCCAAAGGCAGUGCCAGAAAACAAUCCAAAUAGAUGUCCAUUUUUGAUAAAAACAGAAAAUGAUAAUGGACCAGUGCACGAUCAUUGUUUUUAUGAGAUCAAUGGCGUUGCAAAGUUGAAAAUGUACACUAAUACCACUAACAAUGAAGACUGGCUUUGCUUUACAGAGAAAUUAAAUUAUGAAUCGAUGGCAGGGU